AUGAUGGAAGAUUGCCUUAAUGGUACUGUUACAUCUGCGCAUUUUCAAAGAGAUGCUGAAGAAACAACUGCCAACUUGCCGUCGUUGCCAGGCAAAACGGGAUUUUAUACAAUGGCUGGAAUCCUGGAUUUCUUGCAACUGGAAUGGUCGAAAAUGCAGUUAGAACGCACACAGUGGGAUGUAGAAAAGGCGGAGCUACAGGCAAAGAUAGAGUUUCUACAAGGCAAGUUUGAAGGACUUGAAAACUUGAGAUAUAAUCUCAUUCGUCGAAUUAAAAUGCUGGAAUAUGCUUUAAUUCGAGAAAGAAGUUGCAAGAAUCAAGAAGGCCUUUCCAAGGAAAACGAAGAAGCCAUAAUCAACAUGCACUUUUCUAGAUCCGAAUCUAUUUCGGAUCAAUUAAAAAUAAAUACAAGCAGUGAAUGGCAGAAUGAAAGUGGUCAACUAAAUAAGUAUCUUGUUGACUCCUCCUCGUUUAGUGUUUCACCGGGUUUUGGUAACUCAACGGUGUGUAAUUUAUCCGAUUCAAGUUCACUAUUCGGUGGUAGCCUCGAACAGGAAGAGCAUCCUAUGAAUGUGUCGCCUAAACAUGAUAAUUCUGAGUCGAAAGUGUUACGAAAUCCAUUGGAACUUGCUAACGAUCUUUGUAAUCUAGAUCACAAUAAACUUCUAAACGACGACUCGCUUGACUUUAAUUUUUCUAAAAGUUCCAGCUUUGAUUAUUUAUCCCUAAUGAAUGAAUCUGAUCUAGCUUUAACAAUAGAACCUCAAUGUAUUACGGACCCUGAGACUGCUGAAGCGCUUUUAGAAUUUGAACAACUUGUUGCACAAGGCACGUACUUAGAUAAAAACUCUUUAACAGAUCAUGUGAAUACUAAUCUUGUAAAUAGUAUCAUCAAGCCUAAUGAAUCAACACAUAAGGAUUGGGAUAAUUUGAAUGAACAAGAAUUAUUACAACGUUUUAAAGAACUAUACAGAGCUGAUCGUUUGCAAGGCAAUUCAAACACACAAGAUACAGACUUGAAAAUAACUUCACUGAAUGAAGAUGAUGCAAGUAGUAAUAAACAAUCAUCCAGUCGUUGUAGUAGUCAACCUACAAAUUUCAAUGUAACUGAAGAUGAAUUAGGCAGUAUUCUGCCUGAUUUUGAAGUGAUUAUCAAUGAUGAACGUCGACAAAAUAUGCCUAGAAAUGACUUGUUGAAUAAUAAUAAUACUAAUACUGCAACAAAAGUAUUAUCAAAGAAUAUAAGUGAAACAAAAGAAUCAACUUUAAGACUAGAAGAUUUGGCCAGUCUUACUACAAUGGCAAAUGAAUUAGAUUCGAAUCAAGCUCGUGCAGUAGCCGUAGCAAUGGAUAACUUAGAUGGAAUGGGAGAGUGUAUUACAAAUAAAUUGAAUGAUAAAGUAGUCGCCAAUAAUUCAACAGUAAAUACAGCCUCAACGCAAAAACCUACAAAUUGGACAGCUAAGUAUACCUUACGUAGUCAUUUCGAUGCUAUUCGAGGUAUUGUUUUUCAUCCUACAGAACCAAUUUUGGUUACAUGCAGUGAAGAUCAUACGCUGAAAUUAUGGAAUUUAAAUAAAACUAUUCAAACCAAGAAAUCCUCUAUGUUUGAUGUUGAACCGAUAUACACAUUUCGUGGACACAAUUCCCCAGUAUUGUCAGUUACAAUGCUUGUUGGUUCAGCGAUAGGAGAGAAUACAUGUCAAUCUGGACUAUUAUCGCCUGCUUACAUAUAUUCUAGUGACUUAUCAGGUUGUAUACGUAGUUGGCAUGUAUCUAGUUUACAAAUGGAUCCUUAUGAUACCUUUGAUUUAUCAGUAAUGGGUCCUUCUCUUGAAGGUCAUACUGAUGCUGUUUGGUCGCUGUGCUCUCGUUAUGAUGGAUUACUGUUAUCAACUUCAGCCGAUGGAACUUCUCGUCUUUGGAAAUUACGUCCAGAUUCCUACUAUUCUUCUGAUGUGUAUUUUAUCAGUAACAUGUUAAAUAAAUACGAUGGUCUAUCUCCACAGAACUCAGUUCCUACAUCUGCUACAUUUUUAUGGACCAAUCAAAUGUAUUUCGCUACAGGCUUCACUUCCGGUCAUUUGUGUAUAUUCAAUUUGGAAACUAAUCAAAUUGUUAGAAGUUUUCAAUCAAUAGAUAUAAAUGAUGCUGUUUCAAGUAAAACGGUUUGUUCAGUGAAUUCUAUCAUUUCUCAUCCUCAUCUCCCAUUAAUCAUUAGUGCUCAUGAAGACCGUCAAAUUCGAUUUUGGGAUUCACUCAGUGGUAAAUGUGUUCAUUCGCUAACUGCACACUUGGAUGCAGUAACAACAAUCAGUGUAGAUUCUAAAGGAAUAUCACUUCUUUCAGCAAGUCAUGAUUGUUCAAUUAGAAUAUGGGAUAUCAAUACGAAAGUAUGCGUUCAGGAAAUAACUGGUCAUCGGAAAAAAUUUGGUGAAGCUAUCAAUUCCGUUGCAUAUCAUCCAACACAUCAUUUUAUGGCUAGUGCAGGAUCAGAUGCAUUAACGAAAGUAUACAUAUGA